CGAAACUUGAAGCUUCUUCCAACAAAAUACAAACUUUACCUUUCUCCUUUCCUCGGCAAUUCGGAUUAGGGAUUCCUCCUUAUUAAAUUAUUCUGCUAAUCAAUUUCGAGUUUAAGAAAAAUGGUACUCUCACAGAGAAUUCACGAAGCAUUCAAAGGAACCGUUGAGAGAAUCACCGCUCCUCGGACCGUCUCUGCCUUCAAAGAAAAAGGCGUUCUUAGCGUUAGCGAGUUCAUUCUUGCCGGCGAUAAUCUCGUCUCUAAGUGCCCUACGUGGUCCUGGGAAUCUGGCGAGCCGAGCAAGAGGAAGUCGUAUUUACCAGCGGAAAAACAGUUUUUGAUUACUAGAAACGUGCCAUGUCUAAGAAGAGCUGCAUCUAUAGAAGAAGAAUACGAAGGUGCUGGAGGUGAAGUUUUGGUUGAUAAUGAAGAUAAUGAUGGGUGGCUGGCGACUCAUGGGAAACCGAAAGAUAAACUGGAUGAUGAUGACAACUUGCCUUCCAUGGAGGCCCUAGAAAUCAGCAUGAAUAGUAACGUUCAUCAAUCUAUUUCUAACCACUUUGGGGGAGAAGAAGAGGAAGAUAUUCCUGACAUGGCUGAGUAUGAAGAAUCUAACAGCCUAAUCGAAGCAGAUCCUGCUACACUUCAGCCUACAUAUCUUGUUGCUCAUGAACCUGAUGAUGAUAACAUUCUCCGGACUCGUACUUAUGAUGUCAGCAUCACGUAUGACAAAUAUUAUCAAACUCCUCGUGUCUGGCUUACUGGAUAUGAUGAGUCAAGGAUGCUUUUGCAACCUGAGCUUGUACUUGAAGACGUUAGUCAAGACCAUGCACGCAAAACGGUAACCAUCGAAGACCAUCCUCACUUGCCUGGGAAGCAGCAUCCAUACAUCCAUGUCGACAUGGUGCUGUGAUGAAGAAAAUUAUUGAUGUUUUAGUGUCACGUGGAGUGGAGCCUGAAGUUGACAAGUA